AUGUUAACAUUCAUUCUCUCACUCACAAUUCCCUUGUUAAUUAUUGUAUAUUUAUUUAAAGACAAAUUAUUAGGAGGAGGUGGUGAUGGUUCUAUUGAUAAAACCAAUAAUAAUAAUACAACAAUAACAAGUGAUGAUCAAUCUUUUAAUAAUACAACAACAUUAACAUCAGGAAAGAAAAAGGCUUCUUCAAACACUCAACAUCAUACAACAACAACAAAUAAUGAAAAGAUUCAAGAUUCCAAUUUAAUAGUAGAAGCAUCAACAUUAAAAAAGAAAGUACAAUAUCAAAUAACUAAUGAUGAUGUAUUAGAUUUAUCAGUAUCUAGAAAUUAUACAGCUAUAUUAAAAAAAUCAGAGAAAACUAUUCGUAUCUAUAAGAAUGAAUUACUUGUUAAAGAUAAUAAGAAAUUUUAUGAUAUUGAAAUUGGAAAUGUUAAUGAUUAUGGUACUUCAAUAGCAUUAACAGAAGAAGGUGAUUUAUUAGCUGUAUCAAUUGAUUAUGAUAAUUUUAUUAAAAUAUUUAAAUUAAAUAUUAAUAAUACAAAUAAUACAAAUAAUUCAAUAAUUAUAGAUAAACCAAUACAAUUACCAUCUGAAAAGAAAAUGAUAAAAUCAAUGAAAUUUUCAUCUAAUGGUAAAUAUUUAUUUGCUCAAUUAGAAGGAUGUGAUGAUAUUUCAAUUUAUAAUUUAAAUAAUUAUCAAGUUGAAAAAAUUAAAACAGGUCAAUUAGAAAAUUACAUGUUUUCUUUAACUGAAUCAUUUUUAUGUAUUGCUGGUUUUGCUUCUAUUAUUAAAAUUUAUAAAAUAUUAAAUGAUUCAAAUUCAAAUUCAAAUACUUCAAAUGAAAAGAAAAAGAAAGAUCAUCAUCAUAUAAAUCAUAUAAGUAAAGGUAAUACAUCUAAUUGUAUUAAAUAUAGAGAAUUAAGUGGAUGUAAAAGUAGUGUUAUUCAAGUAGAUAAUUAUAAAAAUUUAAUAUUAGCAACAACAUUAAAAGAUGAAAUUAUUAGAUUAUUUGAUAUUGAUGAAAAUGAACAUUAUAUUUUAUCUGAAUUAAAUAUUAAUCAAUUAACUAAUAAUAAUAAUAUUUCUAAUUUUAAACAAGUAUUUAUUUGUAAUGAAAAUAUAUAUUGUGGUAUUGGUUUAAAUAAUGAAAUUGUAUUUUUUGAAAGAAGUGAAAAAUCAUUUAAAUUAAUACAUUUAAUUAAACAUACUUGUUUACAAAAUACUAAUAUUUUAAAGGCUUGUUUAAAUCCAAAAAGAAAAGUUUUAAUUACUUGUUCAUCGGAUGGUUAUUUAAGAAUGUGGAAAGUACCUUUAAAUUAA